GCAGUAGCUAAACAAACCCGCAUUCAGUUUCUAAUAUCAUGACCGAUUCUGACUCUGAGUACGAAGAAACUGAAUAUUUGGUGUAUGCUGACUUUAAAAAUCAUCUUGCACCGCAUCAGCUAAAGCACGAGGAUGCUGCUAUUCGCAUAAUUGCCAUUGAAAGCGAUACGCCCAUGGCUGAAAUCAAUGGCAAUAUAUACAAAGGUUCCUAUGACAUGAGUAUGGGCACUAAUGUGUUUUUCGAAAAAGACACCAAGAGCGCAGUUGGCGAUCCACUUUAUGAGCCAGUUUGCCGACAGCAAUAUAAGUAUUUCAAUAAAUCCGACAAGGUAAUCAAUUUUGAUCGGGUUUACAUUGAGAAUCUCCCACAAGAUAUUAAGGCGGACGAGGAACAGCAACAGGAACCAAAGCCACAUACUUUAAAGCUAAAUAUUACAUAUAAAGAAGCGAUUGACAAAUUUCUUGAGGAAAAAUAAGAAAUGUAUGUUUACGUUAGAGAUGGGAGCGUGUUCUAAGAAGUCUUAGCAAAUGUAUUUUAUGAUAUAUGUAUUCAUAUAAUUCUUGAAUUAUACAACUCCAUAAUUGUUAAAUUGCAUGUUAUUAAAUGCUUAUAAUUAUACAA